UUACAAGUAGCUUUUUAAAAUCAAACAUAAUUAUAAACAAUUCGUCUGCUUAAUCAAACGUAUCCGAAUACCGAUAUCAUAAAUACAUGGAUGUGAUAAAUAUCGUAUCGUGUCAACCUGUUUUUUCGGUAUCUUUUUAUAAGUGCUACAUUUUAGGGUAUCCGAACCUCAUAAGCACGUCGAAUUUGAUGAUAUUAGUUAGUGUAUCAAAGUACGGAAUGCUGUGAUAACGUAUAAAUCAUAAUUGCAAUUUAUUAGUUACUGAGUACAUUUGUUCUAUUAGAACAUAAAAAUGAAAACAAUUUUGUGGUAUUUAUUAUAUUUUCUGUGCGUAUCUAUCGGCGUCGGGGACACACUGAGUAAGGCAAAUUUAAAAGUAUCGAACACAUCCUAUUCACCACAUUCUGUGUUAAAAAGACAGCAGUUACCGCCAUGUAUGGAUUGUGGCUGUGGUGAACGUAACGAGGAGCCAAGAGUGGUCGGCGGCGCGGGGUCCAACGUAAAUGCAUUUCCUUGGAUCGCUCGGCUAAUUUACUACAAAUCCUUCGGCUGUGGAGCUUCUCUCAUCAAUGAUAAAUACGUCGUGUCAGCAGCACAUUGCGUUAAAGGUUUCAUGUGGUUCUUGUUCCGUGUAACAUUCGGCGAGCAUGACCGCUGUUUGUAUGAGUCCCGGCCUGAGACUCGGUACAUCGUGAAGAUGCUUGUACACAACUUUACGUUAACAGACCUCACUAAUGACAUCUCCCUGCUGCAGCUCAAUGAGCCUGUGAAGUACUCGCAUGCUAUCAGGCCAGUCUGCUUACCCACUGUUUCAAGUGAUCUGUUCCACGGUACACUAGCGACAGUCGCGGGUUGGGGGGCAAAAGCUGAGACUGGCAACUGGUCUUGUACAUUGCUGGAGGCGCAACUACCAGUACUCAGUAAUGAGGAGUGUCGGAACACUAACUAUAACGAGUCAAAGAUCAGAGAUGUUAUGAUGUGUGCCGGUUUCCCUGCUACCGCGCAUAAGGACGCUUGUACCGGUGACAGCGGUGGACCUUUGGUUGCGGAAAAUGUGGAACACGCAUACGAAUUAAUUGGUAUCGUUUCGUGGGGUUACGGAUGUGCAAGGAAAGGUUUCCCUGGAGUGUACACUAGAGUCAACAAAUAUUUAGACUGGAUAAAAGAUAACACUCAAGAUGGAUGCUAUUGCGCAACCGCGACUAGUAUUCACGUCUUAGAUUCUCUAUUCAGAAUUUUAAUAUUCGAAUUUCAAAUGAUAUUGUUAUGUUGGUAUUUUAAAAUGUGCAACGUUCCGAUUGUUUUAGUUUUGUGUAUUGCAAUUUGUUUGGUAAAAGGCGAUGAUCCAAGGGCAAGUGACGACGACCCAUAUGAAGAGAGAUAUGGCUGCAACUGUCGUUGUGGUGAGCGUAAUGAAGCACCCCGUAUCGUGGGAGGUGAGGAGACUAAUGUGAACGAGUUCCCCUGGGUAGCACGACUGACUUACUUCAACAAGUUCUAUUGCGGUGGUAUGGUUAUCAAUGACAGAUAUGUACUUACUGCCGCACAUUGUGUUAAAGGAUUGAUGUGGUUUAUGAUCAAAGUGACACUAGGAGAGCAUAACCGGUGCAACGAGACGCAUCGGCCGGAGACACGUUACGUCAUAGAAGUGAUCGCUCACAAUUUCACGUACGUCACGUUCAAAGAUGACAUCGCGUUACUCCGAUUAUCAGAUCGUCUGACUAUCACUGAUACAAUCAAGCCUGUCUGUUUGCCGCAUAAUGAUGGAAACAAAUACGUAGGUGUCAAAGCUAUAGCGGUUGGCUGGGGCUCUAUAGGAGAACAGAAAAACCACUCCUGCUAUCUUCUGGAUGUAGAACUACCAGUGCUAAGCAACGAGGAGUGCAGGGACACCAAGUAUGAGACGUCAAUGAUAGCUGACAGCAUGCUUUGUGCAGGCUUCCCUGACAAGGGACAGAAGGAUACGUGUCAGGGAGACAGCGGAGGCCCUCUAUCGGCUGAGAGAGGAGAUAAAAGAUAUGAACUGCUAGGCGUGGUGUCGUGGGGCAUUGGCUGCGGCCGUGCGGGUUACCCCGGGGUGUACACCAGGGUUACUAAGUAUCUGUACUGGAUCAAGCAUAACGCGCGUCAAGGAUGCUUCUGUGCUGAUUAAAUAUACAUAUGUAGUUGCCUAAGUUCAAAUCAUCUGAUGAAAGGAGUAAUAUUUCUUAAGGAAUAAAACAUGUGCCUGUUUUCAUGACUAGAGUCGUUACUUAGAGUUUCUGUUUUCGUUUUUCCUUUUCUGUUUUGUUUUCCUUUUCUGUUUUUUAGUGUUUCUGAUACUAAAUGUAAGAAAAUAUAAAAGUAAGCUUGAUGGCCACUUAAUAAUUAAGGGCUGCAGUAACAAUGAAACUAUUGAUUUCACACUUAAAUAUGUUGCGAUGUUCCAGGGGUUUUUAGUUCAAGAAUAAUUUAAAUAAGACUAUUUUGUCAUUUUUCUUAUUUAGUUUAUUUAAAACGUACAAAAAUGCUAAGCAACUAAAUUAUUUAUUUUAAUUAUAUACGUAGUUUGAUUUAUCAUAUCAAACAAACUUUUGUUAACAAUAUACUUUGUUAUUCAAAUACAUAUUAAUUAAAUAAAAAG